AUGGCUUCUGGGACAGGGAGAGCGUCUGGCCGCGCACACAGCUAUGCAGACGAUCGUAUGCGCAAUUCCGUGCCCAACGGAAGCUUCAAGAGCGAACGACCAGAUCCGAGGGCGUCCGAAGCCUCUCACUCCGAGGCGCAGUAUCCUGGCAUGGCUCAUAAGAGAACCGCGUCGGGGAAUCCCAGACCCGUCAACAGAUCAACAUCUACCGAGGAGAGAAGAUACGAAGAGCGACGAAUUACGGAAAGGACCUUUGAGGUGCACGUCGACAGGAUAUUGAAGAGGAAUCCUAGCCCAGAGAAGCAGCACAGGCCAAGUGCGACGGCGGAAUUGAAGAGGCAGAAGUCUGCCGAGUUUCGGCCCCGGGAUUCCCCGUCAGAUGCCCCAGAAGCUCCUUGGAAUCCAGAAGCGACCCUGUUACCGCAUACUUCUGCCCCGUUGGCCUCGCGAAUAUCGAACCCCCCCAUGGCCUCGGCGGUUCCGCAGGCACCGCAGCCGAAAUCCUUGAAUGAGCUGUCUCUUGAAAUACAAGAGGCAGCUAUUGUUGAAGACUUGCUGUUCGUGUUCAUGGGCUACGAGGGACAGUACAUUCGCUUCGCCAAGGGAUAUGAUCCAACCGAGGAACGAGAUCGUCUUACUGGGCCGAGCUUCAAGAUAUCACCCGGGCUGGAUCCGAGUCUGGCCGACCUGACUCGCUCUAUGCUCAAGAUGGCGACCUAUUACUCGGCCCUGCAGGCAUUCGUUGACGUGCAGAGUCGCGUUGAGUUCGGCGCCGUGAACCAUGCCCUGUGCGCGUCGAUACGAAAGUUUUUGCAGGACUAUCUUGUCAUGAUUGCACAAUUAGAGACACAGUUCCUCACAAGCGAGUCAUUUACGGUUCACGUGCUGAAUAUCCAUACCCUGCCGACGAGUCAGAUGAUGCAUCAGCUCUAUUUACUGGCGCAUGAAUUACUGAAGAAGAAUGGCAUCCUAGACGACGAGACUGAGGAUGAGGAUGAUGACGAGAUUGAAAAUGACGACGCCAUGAUUGAGCGCUUAAGAGAAGGAGGCGAGCUUAUACCCGGAAACAUGACGACCAAGAAAGUUUGCAAAGGUGGCGUCGUCCUUGGCCUGGUAACAACGCGACUCGAAAGGAUGUCUGGGGAUCCCGCAGCCAGAGCUCUGCUCACGUCGCUGCUACGAGACGCCAGCCGCCCCUACAUGGUCAUGCUCAACGAGUGGCUACAUCACGGGAGCAUCUACGAUCCGCACUCUGAGUUUGUCAUUGAAGAACGAAGGAGCAUCAAUCGAGAGAGGCUGUAUGAGGACUACACGGAUGAAUACUGGGAUAGAAGAUAUACCAUCCGCGACAAGGACGUCCCGCCGCAACUCCAAGGUGUCAAGGAAAAGGUCCUGCUGGCUGGCAAAUACCUCAAUGUCGUGCGUGAGUGCGGAGGCGCCGCCGCGAGCAAGCUUGUCACCGACGUGCCGACAACAUUUGACGAUCCUCGCUUCCUGGAAAAUGUCAACAACGCGUAUGCCCACGCCAACAAGUCUCUGAUGCAGCUGCUGCUUACGACACACGCCCUACCUGCCCGACUACAGUCCCUGAAGUACUACUUCUUCCUCGACCCCUCCGACUACUUCUCCUACUUUCUCGAACUCGGCUCAUCCGAAUUGCGCAAGCCGGUCAAGAACGUCAAUACGAGUAAACUGCAGUCCCUCCUGGAUCUGGUGCUCCGCCAACCUGGCAGCAUCGUGUCCUUGGAUCCGUUCAAGGAAGACGUCAAGGUUGAAAUGAAUGACGUCACACUCAUCAAAUCAUUACAACGCGUCGUCAACAUCAGGGGCAUCGAGCAGGGCGAACCGCUCCAACCCGUUUCCAAUCAACACAUUGAAAAGGACAAAAACGCCACCGGGUUUACAUCUCUCCAAAUCGACUACUCUGUCCCGUUCCCCGUGUCUCUCGUCAUUAGCAGGAGGACAAUCUGGCGAUACCAAUCGCUGUUCCGAUAUCUCCUGUCUCUUCGAUACCUGGAAUCACAACUCUCCACGACGUGGCAGACGCAAACGCGCGGCGUAAGCUGGGCGCACAAGGGUCAGAACCGCGCGCUUGAGAUAUGGAAACGUCGCGCAUGGACUCUGAGAGCCCGAAUGCUCGUGUUCGUCCAGCAAUUGCUGUAUUUCUGCACCGCCGAGGUCAUUGAACCCAACUGGACCAAGUUCAUGUCGCGGCUGAGCACCAAAGACGGCGAUGCAACGAAACCGUCUGAGCCGACUCGCACCGUCGACGAGCUGAUGCAGGACCACGUCGACUUCCUGGAUACCUGUCUCAAGGAGUGCAUGCUCACCAAUAGCAAACUCCUCAGGAUCCAUUCCAAACUAAUGCAGACGUGCACCAUCUUCGCCGCCUACACAAAGUGGCUCACGCAGGAACUUGAGAAAUCCGACCCCGACCUGUCCUGCACGACGAAACCCAAGACCAUGACGGCUGACCAGUGGAAACGCUUCCAGGCAACAAAGGCUCCGUCCCGCUCGCAGCCGGAUUCUUCAUCCGCGCUGGGCGACGCCGAGUCUCGCGUGAAUAACUUGUCCGAGAUUAUUAAGAAGUGGGAGAGUAAUUUCAGUAGACACUUGCAGAUCCUACUGGACGCGUUGAAUUUCUAUGCUGCCACAGAGACGGUGGUUUUGCUGAGUCUCUGUGCGAGACUGAGUACUGCGAACCAAGGGACAGAAUUCGCGGGACGCGGACAGGACGAGGAUAUUGGAUGA